AUGUGGAAGAGGUCACGCUUGACGACCUUUGGAAUGACGUUGAACUUCAUGCUUACAGUGUACAUGAAGAGUCGUCAGUACUAUUUCUUUGGCGCCAACGACAUUCAGAAACACGGAACCUGGACUUACGGGAAUGGAACGGAUGACUCAUCGCUCCCUUAUCUUAACUGGGCCGACGGACAGCCAGAUGAUGUUGGAGGCUCCGGCGAAGACUGCGUUAGUAUGCAAUACGCGUACAACUGGUUAUGGAAUGACGAGGUAUGUGAAAAGAAGUUCCAAGUGGUUUGUGAAAACGAGAACAACGAUGGUGAUGGCCAUUUAGGACGAUACACAGCUCAUUAUGAUAGCAUGACCUACGCUGAAGCACAAGCUCACUGCGUCAAGUAUGAGGGUUCUAUGGCAACAAUACAAAAUGAUAAGGAUCAGAAGGACAUGGUCGAGCUCCUCAACUCUAUCUAUGAUCCUUUCAAAUCGGAUAUCUUCUGGCUUGGUGUAAAUGAUAUCAAUCGAGAGGACCAUUGGGUAACGGGAGGUGACCCCGAUAGUUCAACCACUCAGACAUUCUUUAAAUGGCGUCAAGGUGAACCCAAUAAUUACCAGACUCCUGGAGAGCAUUGUGGUCUCAUGGCACCUGUUGAUGAGUCCGAUCCUGAUAACUACAAGUUUGAAUGGUAUGACUGGUCAUGUGGAAACGCUGAGAGGUUCAUAUGCGAGGACAUCGAUCCGAAUAGUAACUACUGGGGAUCGGGGGGCCAUCGCUACUCCGUUGUGAACGAGGCAAUGACAUGGUCUGAGGCAAGUUCCUACUGCAAGUCAAAAGGUGGUCGCCUAGCACAGGUUAGGACUUCAUCCGACCAGCUCUACUCCAUUAAUAGGAUGUUGUCUGCUAACAGAGAAAAACUUCUCUCGAGUAAAGGGGCUUGGAUAGGACUAAAUGAUCUUUCCCAUCAGAUGACCUUUGAAUGGGCAGAUGGGUCCGAUGUUACUUAUACAAACUGGAAUGUAGGAGAACCUGAUGACUUUACCGACUCUCAAGAUUGUGUCUUCGCAUAUUCACAGAGUGGGAAAGACAGCACAGGACGGGAAUACUACGCGGGGAAGUGGGCCGAUUAUGACUGCAAAUCAGAAGACUUUGGCUAUGUCUGUCAAAAGGAGAAGGGACAUUUCAACCCUUCAGAGAUCCCUCCACCUGAAUAUGAUUGCCCUAUGGGUUGGACUGGAAGCGAUGUUUAUUGUUACAAACUCCUGGAAGGCCAGCUGACAUGGGACGAAGCUCAUGAGACCUGUCGACAGGAUACAGAUCAUGGCAAACCCACCAAUUCCACUCUAGCAUACAUUCCAGAUUACGAGGAGCAAUCUGUACUGGCUGAAGCCUUACAGGAAACUUCCGGUUUGUACUGGAUCGGACUGCAUGGGACCGUUACAAAGGGAACGAUGUAUGAAUGGGUGACUGGGCAACCAGUAACUUACACAGCGUGGGACGAAUCCCAGCCAGGAAGUGACCAGCACCCAUGUGUGGCCAUGUCUGCCGGUGCUGGAGAGACUCGAGCUGGACAGUGGGACGACCAGGAUUGCGGAAGUAGAUACUCGGCGAUAUGUCAGAAGCCACGAAGUAACGGGUUACAUCCAGAUAUUCCCGUUACACCAUCGCCUACAGGAUCAUGUCCAGGGGGCUGGGAAACCUUUGGAAGCUAUUGUUACCUGGUGGUUCGGGAAACAAAUGAAACGAUGCGCAGAGAUUUAAGCGACGCUUCUUACGACUGUUACUACAGAACUUCAGGUCAAGGGACACGUCUUGGUAGUUUUCAUAGUUGGGAGGAAGAAGAAUUCGUCGCGGGAUUAGUCAAAGACUUAGAACCGAGUGUUGAUCCUGAAGAGGGGUUCUGGUUAGGAAUGUCAUUGUCACCCACAUACAGUUAUUUCUGGUGGUACGAUGGCAGUCCGGUGCAGUAUGUUCACUGGGGUCCUAAUAUGCCUGAAGAUAGACCCCAAAACACUUACGUUGGGCUAGUAGCAUACCCUGCAUCUAACGGAAAGGGAUGGGAAUUCAUCGAUUCAGAUUCCAAGCGAAAUUCGAUAUGCAAAGCACCCACAGAUACAUACGUGAUGACGACGUUACCAGAUGUUUCACCUGGCCUGUCGCCUAAGUGUGGGGAUGAUUGGCACAACUGGACCUACAACGCAAACUUGGAUACCUGUUAUAGAUUCAUGGGUCUAACUGAACAAAAUAGGGCCAUUUGGAAGGAUGCUGGCAUGGGUUGCCAGGGUCAGAAAGCUACAUUGGUCUCUAUACAUAGCCGGGAGGAGAACAAGUUCGUGGAGGAAUUGGUAAAUAGACAUUUCUUUGAUGCUGCCUGGACCGGUUUGAACAGUCACACAACAAGCGGAGGAGGUUUUAGAUGGGCAGAUGGUUCUCCUGCUGAUUACUUCCAAUGGGAUGAACACGAGCCGGGGGAUGAAGUCAAAAUGUGUGUCAAACUUAACGCAGAAACGGGUGGCUGGAGCCUUGAAGAAUGUGAUACUCAGAUGGCGUACGUCUGUAAGCGAGACCCAGGAGGCCAUGCUUACACCCCUGCUCCAACACAGCAAGGUGAAGGGUUCUGUCCAAAGAAUUGGUUCACCUGGGGCAAUAAAUGCUUCCAGUUCGUCGAUUAUUGGGAGACGUGGACCAAUCACAGGAAUAUCUGUCAGAGCCUUGGCGGAGACUUGGCCAGUAUUCGAGAUCGUAGUGAGCAGGCUUACAUCGUAACCCUGUUGGAGAAUGAACCUUACCCGGUCUGGAUUGGAUUAAAUGACCAAGAGAGUGAGGGUCUUUUCACAUGGUCUGAUGGUACACCAGUCCUCUACACAAACUGGGAUAGGAACGAACCAAAUGACAAUGGCCACAGUGAAGAUUGUAUCGUCAUGUUUGGAUCAAACAGCGGAAAUGAUCCUGGGGUUUGGAAUGAUGCCGAGUGUACCCAGAAGUACAAAUCUCUUUGCCAGAUACCUAGAGAUGCGGACGGAACUCCACCUAGUCCAACGCUUUCAUUAUGUGGCUCCUACCAUCACUAUGGCAACGCUUGCUACAAAAUUCACAAUGGAACUUACACAAGGGAACAAGCUAAGAAGAAGUGUGAAUCUGAUGGAUUGGGAUCCACCCUCGCAUCUAUCAACUCCAUCUAUGAGAACAAUGAGAUCAGUUUGAUGCUCAACAAUGCUGGCAUCGAUUCUCCCAUGUACAUUGGCCUCAUUCGGAAAAAUAACACAUAUGGCUGGGAUGACACCUGGCCAGUGGUAUAUACCCGCUGGGCAUCGGGGCAACCGUCCCUAGGUCCUGAUGAAAAGUGUGUGGCAAUCCAACCAAACAAAGGUGCAUGGGACGAUGUGCCGUGUGAUCAAAAGUAUGGCGCCGUCUGCAAGUUCACUCAAGGUGGUAUCCCACCACAGCAGCCCACACUCUCUCCCGAAGAUUGUCCCGAUAGUGACUGGUCUGUCCAUGGAAGCGCCUGCUAUAAAGCCUAUCUUCAAGACGAAUUUGUGGUACCGUGGUCUGCUGCCCGCUACGUCUGCAAUGGAGAUCGAGCAAGUCUUGUCAGUAUCCACAGUACCAGAGAGCGAGAUUUUGUGAUCUCCCUUGUCAAGGGUGAUAUUUAUAGUGUAUGGAUCGGGCUCAAUAAUAUCGAUAGCUUCGGUUUCACCUGGGAAGAUGAGACCCCGUAUGAGUAUACCUCCUGGGCACCUGGAGAGCCUAGCGGCACUAAUGGAGACGAGCAGGACGAAGAGUGUACCCAGAUGUAUACCAACGGCGGGCAUGUGGGGCAGUGGAAUGACCUCUACUGUCUAGAAAAAUGGCCGUUUGUCUGCAAGUACACUACAGGAGGUCCAAUAUACAUGACAACAGCACCAAGUGAACAAAAACCAAUAGGGGGUGCCUUGGGCGUUGGCGCAAUCGUAGGCAUAGCAAUCGCGGGUGUAGCCUUUAUUGUCAUCGUUGCCGGACUCGUCGCCAUGUUAAGACGUCAAAAGAGAAUGGUAGCGUAUUUCCGAUCGGUGGCCGGCCUAGAAGUCGCACCCGAGCAGCUUUUUAAUGAAGAUAAUCGAGGAGGUCGAACAGGUUCGUUUGACGACGCGAUGCUCAGUGUUAACACCUAAAGCAAUAUGUAACUAAAAAUCAUGUAUUCUUCCCGUCAUAAGUUCUUUCCUUUCCUCUCUUUUGAAAUGUUCGUUUAACAACUUUGUAUUGUCAAAUACAUUGUACCUUAUAUCUGAAGGAUUUGAUAUCGUUCAUUAGCAUUGUAUCCGCCAAAAAACAAACCUCCUAAGUAUUUUAGAGCUAUUCAUCUUCGUAAGAAAAGCAAAAAUUCAUUUGAAUUCAGUUUAAUAAUCCUGUGGUUUUCUUUUACUAAGUGGAAUUUGUGACCUGAAACAGGAGUUUAAUAAUAAGAUUUAUUAUCAAAUUAAGUCAUUGGCCCGUAUUCUGAAGUCUUGUUAAAUUCAUAGGCCAUGGUCUAGGUAUAUGCUACAUUUAUGGGAAGCCGAAAACAUUUCUUUUUUUUACGUUGUCGUUACUGCAGUCUUUCCCAUGCUUGAAUUAUUGAUAAAACUAUAUAGUUUUGAACGUGUGGUUAUCUGAUUAAUUGCAACAUGUAUGAAUUGAUUCUGUAUAUAGGCUGUUCGAGAUUUGGUGUCACAUUUGACUAUACAUAGUGACACCAUAAUUUCUUACCAAUGUAGAAAAAUUGAACAUACGGGUCUGUGACUUUUCACCGUCGUCUGAAUUCUACUUGUACAUGUAGAUACAAUGAAAAUGUAGAAUAAAACAGAUAAAAACAGCCUUUAAGAAGGCAAUUAUAGGCAUAUAUCACUCGUUUUCAUUUAUCUAGCAAUUGUUAAUUAUUAUUCAGGCAUCUUGUAAGUUUUGAAUACUGCGCGAAUGAUUGAAUUAAUGAUCAAUAUUCAAUCCCCCCCCCCCUCGUAUACGUCAUUAAGAUUCGAUAUUGGAUUCGCCUAGUACAUGUAGUAACGUUCGUUUUGGGUCAAUAAUUUACAAAAGUAGCACCUAAUAUUUCAUGUAAAGAGAAUAGUAGAAAUCAAUUACUUGUAACUUCUUUCCUAUCAAAAUGUGUCAAUGUAUUUUUUAUAUUUGUUUUAUGUGAAAGCACCUUAUUCUUGCAAUUUGUGUAGCCAUUUUUGUAAACUCUUUUUUAUCAUUUUAAUCGCUGAAUUACAAGUUUGUUUAAUUCAAAGGACAUGUUGUUAAAACUUUAUACAAGAUUAUUAUAAAACAUUGUUUUUAAACCAUGGAAUACUAACCUCUCCCAUUUGACUUUUUUCCUUUUUUAUUUGUUUGAUUCCCCGCCCUUUCUCUCCCUUAUUUUCUUUAUUUAUGGUAGGUUUAUCAUUUUGUCAUAUUUUCCAUUGUUAUUAUUUUGAAUAUGUGAACUUUAGAUUUACUUGCAAGUGAAUUAUGUGAUUUAAUAAAGUGCUGAAUCAAUAUCUUAC